UGCACAAGGAAGGACAAGAGAAAAGUGUGAGCUAAUAGUAAUAGUUUUAGCUUGUAAAUAUAAUCAUGCUCAAGUGUGCACAACUAUUCGGCUCCAAACAUCUAUGCUCGGCCCAAGUUCCUCUCGCUUCCAGCGUCCGAUGGAUGCGUAACAUCGAUCGGGUGAACGUAAAGGUCCACCAAGGUACGGUGAGUGGCGUGAAGGAGCAGCUCCCGAAUGGGGGCGUUUUCUGUGCCUUUCGGGGCAUCCCGUACGCGAAGCCACCAGUCGGUGAGCUGCGCUUCCGGGCCCCGCAGCCGCUGGACCGAUUCCCCUACCCGGUGCUGGACUGCAGUGUCGAGCGGGACGUUUGCUUCAGCAGAAACAUGUUCACCCAGGAGCUGGAAGGAUCGGAAGACUGUCUGCAUCUGAACGUGUACACGCCCGGAGCCGGGGAAAGGGCUGGCCAACCGCUGCCGGUGAUGGUAUUCAUUCACGGUGGAGCGUUUCUGUUUGGCAGUGGCAAUGGCGAUUGCUACUCGCCCGAAUAUCUGCUCCAGGAUGAGGUGAUUGUGGUCACGCUAAACUAUCGGCUCGGUGCGCUUGGCUUUCUGCAUCUGCCCAGCCAGGGCAUUGAGGGCAACGCGGGCCUCAAGGAUCAGCUGGCGGUGCUGCGCUGGGUGCAGCAGAACAUUGCCGCAUUUAACGGCGAUCCGCACAAUGUGACCCUGUUCGGCGAGAGUGCCGGUGCUGCCUCCGUCCAUCUGCACAUGCUGUCGCUCGUUUCGCGGCAGUACUUCCACCGGGCGAUCUGUCAGAGUGGGGCCUCCGUCAUGGAGUGGGUGAUGCAGCGCGAUUCGAUCAACCGUACCCGGUCGCUGGCCCGGCACAUCGAUCCCGACGCAAAGACGGACGAGCAGGUGUACCAAACGCUACUGGCCGCGGACAAGGCCCAGCUGAUGGGGCUAAUGCUGCACACACUGUCGGCCGACGAGAAACGGCGCGGUCUGCCGAUGCCGUUUAAACCAGUGGUGGAGGAGGGUGAACCGGGUCCGGACACGGUCGUGCCGGUCCAUCCGUUCGUGGCGAUGCAGCAGCGCGACCGUACCGGCACGAUGCCAAUCAUUUUCGGAAACAAUGACCGCGAGGGCACCAUCAUGAUGAUGGAUGCGAUCAAAAAGCUCGACCUGUAUGAUAACGAUAUGGCACGGAUGAUUCCGCGCACGGUUAACAUGGCGCCGGACAGUGCCGCCUGCGAGCAGCUGGCGAGCGAGGUUAAACAGUUCUACUGUGGCGCGCAGGGCGUUACGAAGGAAACGGCGAACCAGCUGGCCGAUUUGAUGACGGAUUAUCACUUCGGGAUACUGGCGAAUACGUGUGCGGAGCUGCACGCGCGCUAUCAACCGAACUCGCCCAUGUUUUACUACCAGUUUAGUUAUGACGGGGAGCUCAAUAUGUACAAAAAGCUGCUGCAGCUGUCCAUUCCCGGCGCGUGCCAUGCGGACGAGCUGUCGUACCUGUUCCUGAUGAGACUGGCAAAUUAUGACGUCAAACCGGACACGGAAGCGGGCCGCGUUCGGCAGCUCAUGUGUCGGCUGUGGACCAACUUUGCCAAGCAUGGCCAUCCGACACCGGCCAACGAUGAGAGUCUUCCCUUCCGCUGGCAGCCGGUAGACAAAAUCGCCCCAAGCGCAGCCAGUGAAUCGUUCCGGUUGCAGUGUUUAGAUAUAGCGGCAGAACCGAAAAUGAUCAUGGACCCGGCCAAGGAGCGAAUCGAUUUUUGGCGCACUGUUUACAAGCGAUGGAAUGAUGAUUUUCUCAAAGUGAACAUGAGCGGAAUUGGAUUCGCGAACGUCUUCUCCGCCGCACGGGCCGGAUGUUCCGUAAUGAUCGCAUCGACCGCACCCACCCGCUCAAUCACGGGCGUGAAGGGGAACCGUACCAACAUCGUUUGGUCCCGCUCGCUCAUGCACUGGUUCUGCAGUGCCGUCAUCUGUUCCGCACUCGCACCCAUCAGCGUGGCAAGAACCGCUUCGUCCGUGUCGGACUCCUCGCCACCGAGCAGCCGGGCCAGUUUGCGUGCCCGGUCGGCCGGUUCGCGCUGCCACAUUAACCAAAUGGCUGAAGCAUCCUCCUGCACCGUGAAUAUAACAUCCGGCCCCAUCCGUGGCACGGUAACACCCCUUCCCGAUGGUUCCGGUCCGUGCUACACCUUCAAAGGCAUCCCGUAUGCUGUCCCGCCCGUCGGACCGUUACGCUUUCAACCGCCACAACCGCUAACACACCACUCGGACGACGGGCAAGCCGCGCUGGACUGUACGCGAGAGCGGGCGGUGAGUUUGGCCAGCAGCUACUUGCCACCGAACCCGCCCCUCGCCUCCGAAGAUUGUUUGUAUUUGAAUGUUUACACACCGAAAAACCCCACCCCUUUGGACGGUUCCUCCGAUCUGCCCGUAAUGGUGUGGCUGCACGGAGGCGCCUUCUGCACCGGUAGUGGCGACUCGUCCAUUUACCAUCCCGAGUGGUUGGUGGCGAUGGGGCCCGCCUGCGUCGUCACGGUAAACUAUCGGCUCGGGCCGGCCGGAUUCCUGUGCCUACCGUCGGCGGGCAUUUACGGCAAUAUGGGACUGAAAGAUCAGCGGCUGGCGUUGCAGUGGGUGAGGGCAAACAUUGGCCGGUUCGGAGGGGACGCGCACAAUGUGACACUGUUCGGGGAGAGUGCCGGUGGCGUUUCGGCCCAUCUACAUUACCUUUCGGAGGGAUCGUACCAGCUGUUCCACAAGCUCAUAUGCCAGUCCGGGGUGGCGACUACGUCGAUCACCUUUCAGAAGCAUCCGGAGCAGAAAGCGCGCCGUCUUGCGGAGUAUUUCGGGUGUCCGCCCGAUGCUUCCGAUCGCGAAGUUUUGGAUACUCUUUUGAAUGUUGCACCCGAGCAGUUGGCCAAAUCGCAAAAGGAGGCCCUCUCGGCACACGAGAAAACGCUCGACUCGGUGUACGCCUUUCGACCGGUGGUUGAGUCUUCCGAUGCGAUCGAUCCGAUCGUUACGGAAAAUGCGUUCGAUUUGCUGGGCAGCUUCAACCGGCCAGCCAAGCCGAUGAUACUGGGAGUGGUCAGCGAGGAGGCACUGUACAAGAUUAACACCUUCCGGCAGCACCUGCAACGGUACAGGGACGAUAAGGGUCGCUUCAUUCCGGAUUUGCUGAACGUUCCGGCAGGCGAGCGAUCGGAGGUGGCCGAUCGCAUUUUAGCGUUCUACUGCGGUACGACCGAGGUGACGCUGGAGAAGGAGUUCGAGCUGAGUCGCAUUUUUACCGACACCAUGUACCUAAUUCCGACCGUACAGGCGGCAGAGCUGCAUCUUCGUCGUAGCAAAAACGAUAUCUUUUUCUACCAUUUUGGCGCCGAGACGGAGCUGAACAAGUUUCGCCAGCAGUGGAAAGUGCCAGCGGAAUAUCGUGGCGCAAGCCAUGCGGAUGACGUGUGCUACCUGUUCAGCGCGAGCUUCUUCCAUACGGAUGCGGUGGAGCAGGAUUCGCCGAAACAACUGCAGCAAUCUUAUCUCCCGGCGCUCGAUGAUAGCAAACCACCGCUAAACGCUUUAAUCGCCUACGCGCGCGCCCGUUUGGGCUGGACCGGCUCAGUCCGCAGCAAACUUCCGAUCAGGAUGGUUAUCCGCAAGCUGUACGUUCCGCCGACGGUCGCCAAGACGAAUCCGGCCCAGCCGCCGGUCGUGGAUCCGAGCUUCAUGGCACCGUCGGUCGUGGAUCCGAACUUUAUGCCACCGUCGGUCGUGGAUCCGAACGGUAUGCCACCGGCUACCGCUUAUCAGCCUCCAGCAGAAGAUGUGCCGAUCAUCGUCGAGCCGGAAGGAAGCGGUGCCUCGAACGGACCACCGCUAGUGUUUGCCGACGCAGUGGAGCUGGAUGUAGUGGCGGGGAAAAUUGUUGGCCGCCGGAAGCCACUGCCGAACGGGUCGGAGUACUACUCCUACCAGGGCAUCCCGUACGCCAAGCCGCCGGUCGGUGAGCUGCGCUUUAAGCCGCCCGUUCCGCUGGACCAGUUCGACGAGCAGCCGCUCCAGUGUGGGUCGGAGCGUGGCCACUGUCUGGCGAUUAUGGCACUGCCCGAGGGGCCCGCAGGCGUUGAAGACUGUCUGUACCUGAACGUGUACACGACGAGCGGUCCGGGCGAUGCGCUCGGCAUGCUGAAACCUGUGAUGGUGUGGAUACACGGCGGUGGCUACUACACCGGCAGCGGCAAUACGGACUUCUUCGGGCCGGACUAUCUGCUGCAGCACGGUGUCGUCCUGGUGACGUUGAACUAUCGGCUAGGGCCGCUUGGAUUUCUUGCCCUACCGUCGGUCGGUAUCCAUGGUAACCAGGGGCUGAAGGAUCAACAGUUGGCGCUGCGCUGGGUGCAGGAGAACAUUGCACGGUUCGGUGGUGAUCCCUCGAACGUGACCCUGUUUGGGGAGAGUGCUGGCAGUGCGUCGGUUAACUGGCACUAUCUCUGUCCGAAGUCGCGCCAAUACUUCCACAAAGCGAUUUGCCAGUCGGGAUCGGUGUUUUGUCCAUGGGGGUUGCAGUACCAGCCGGAGGGUAGGGCGCGCAAGCUGGCCGCCGUGUUGGGCUACGAAGGCGAGGACGAUGCGGGUGUUUUGGCAACGCUGCAAAACGCAUCGGCCGAAGAGUUGGUGUCCAACUCCACGAAAGCGUUCGAAGAGUCGGAGAACAGCCUCUACUGCAUGUCGCCGUUCAUUCCGUGCAUUGAGGAUCCCAGCUCGGAGGACGCAAUCAUUCCGCAGCGCGGUGAGGAGCUGCUGAAGCAACCGAACGUGACCAACGUGCCGCUCAUUCACGGUGUCACCAGUGGGGAGGGUUUGGUGUUUUAUGGGCUGCUGCAGCAGCGGUUCGACGAGGUUACGACCAAUCUGGCCAGCCUGCUGCCGCUCGAUCUGGGCAUACCGCGUGACUUUGCGCCGGCCGUGAUCGAGGAGAUACGCCAGUUCUACUUCCAGGACAAACCGAUCGAGCGGGAUGGACUCGGCCACCUGCUCGAUCUGGUGGGAGACGUUGGCUUUUACUUCCCGGUGUACGCAGCGGCGGAGCUGCAUUCCCGCUUCCAGCAGGAGGCACCACUGUACUUCUAUCGCUUCUCGUACGAGAGCGAGCUGAACCAGCUGCGCAAGCAGUUCAGCGUACCGGACGGUACACCGGGAGCGGCCCAUGCCGACGAGCUGUCCUAUCUGUUCAAUGGCAGUCAAAUUACUGUCCCGGUCGAGGCCGGCUCGGUAGCGGACCAGGGCCGCACGCUGCUCUGCCGUCUGUGGACCAACUUUGCCAAGUACGGCCAGCCUACGCCGGAGGGUGACGAUGUUGGCUUCCAGUGGGACCCGCUGCCACCGACCGCUGCCGGGGAACCGUUCGUGCUGCGCGCCCUCGACCUGAACGAGCAGGUGCAGGUGGUGGAGAAUCCGAUGCAGGAGCGGAUACAGUUUUGGAGGUCGCUGGCCGAACGCUUCAAUCCCAAUCUGGUGGCGUGAGGGCGGACGGAUUACUACCAAUAUCAUAUCUUCAUUCAUAGAGCUUAGAAAUGCAUAGACCUUUCGCGCAAAGGGUUACUGUAAGAUAA